UUCAUCUCUGAUGCUUGGAGCCUACAUCACUAUCUUCAUCAUCCUGGCCUCCAUUCUUUUUGUGUGUGCCAUUUAUUCCUGCCUUGGUCCCUUUCCUGCCUUUUUGCAGCGUGUUUCUCGCAAGAUCAUCCAAUCCCGAAUCAACAGCACUAUUACUGGCGUUGCCUCCAUCCUGCUUGUCUUCAUCGCUGCCUUUGUCAACAUGUUUGCUUGCAGUCGGAUCCGGCUCCAAGACUGUGUGGUUAGAUUCUUCAACGUUACUCCGGCUACAGUAGAUCCCUGUUACCUCCAAGCUCUCAAUUAUACCUUGGCAUCAGAUACCCCACCCUGCCAGGGGAAGGAUGACUUGACCUGCAGUUUCCCUGAGUACUUCACUUAUUCGGUGUUGCUGAGUCUGCUGGCCUCUUCCAUCUUCCUGCACAUCAGCAGCCUUAGGAAGCUGGCACUGCUGGUGACGAUGGAGGUGGUGUACUUGAUACUGGCUGAGGGCCCACAGGGCGUGCUGUUUGAGAACUAUGACCUUCUAGUGGCCACUAAUGCUCUGUCAGCCUUCAAUGAGACUCAACCCUGUUCCUCAGAGAAGAAAGUACCUCUGCAGUACAUGACCCCUGUUAUCCUGUUACUUUUUGCUUUGGCCCUUUAUCUUCAUGCCCAGCAAGUUGAAUCAACAGCACGUCUUGAUUUCCUCUGGAAACAACAGGCUACAGGUGAGAAGGAAGAGAUGGAAGAGCUGCAGGCUUAUAAUCGUCGUCUGUUACACAACAUCUUGCCCAAAGAUGUGGCAGCUCACUUUCUGGCACGGGAGCGCCUCAAUGAUGAGCUGUACCACCAAUCGUGUGAGUGUGUGGCUGUCAUGUUUGCCUCGAUCAGCAACUUCUCUGAGUUCUACGUGGAGCUGGAAGCCAACAAUGAGGGUGUUGAAUGCCUUCGGUUGCUCAACGAGAUCAUUGCUGACUUUGACGAG